GGAAGCAAGGGGGACCCUGGCCCCGUGGGCUUCCCCGGCGAGAGUGGCGUAGCAGGAGCCCCUGGGCCAGCUGGACCCCAAGGACCUCCCGGGCCCCCGGGCCCCCCCGGGCCACCAGGACCAGGACUUGCUGCUGGAUUUGAGGACAUGGAAGGCUCGGGGGGACCCUUUUGGCCGACGGCCCGAGGCACUGAAAGGCUGCAGGGACCACCUGGACCCCCAGGACUCAAGGGGGACCCUGGAACGGCUGGGACACCUGGAGCCAAGGGAGAAGUUGGAGCUGACGGAGCCCCCGGCUUCCCAGGCCUUCCUGGGAGAGAGGGUGCUGCUGGGCCCCCGGGACCCAAAGGAGAAAAGGGGAGUCAAGGAGAAAAAGGAGACCCAGGGAAGGACGGAGUGGGGCAGCCCGGCCUGCCCGGGCCCCCUGGACCCCCGGGGCCUGUGGUCUACGUGUCGCAGCAAGAUGGAGCAGUGGUGAGCGGGCCGGGACCGGAGGGCCGCCCAGGCUUUGCAGGCUUCCCUGGACCUGCUGGGCCGAAAGGUGACCUGGGCUCCAAAGGCGAGCAAGGCCUCCCGGGACCCAAGGGUGAGAAGGGGGAACCCGGCAGCAUCGUCAGCCCUGAUGGCCGAGCUCUGGCCCCCGCCCAGAAAGGAGCCAAGGGCGAGCCGGGCUUCCGAGGACCCCCGGGCCCGUACGGACGUCCUGGGCACAAGGGCGAGAUCGGCUUCCCUGGGCGGCCGGGCCGCCCCGGGAUGAAUGGAUUGAAAGGAGAGAAGGGGGAGCCGGGGGACGUCAGCCAUGGACUUGGCAUGAGGGGAAUGCCCGGCCCCCCAGGGCCCCCAGGGCCCCCAGGCCCCCCCGGGACACCCGUCUAUGACAGCAACGCGUUUGUUGAGUCUGGUCGCCCCGGGCCCCCAGGACUGCCAGGGCUCCAGGGACCUUCGGGACCAAAGGGUGACAAAGGAGAAGUAGGCCCCCCGGGACCAGCAGGGCAGUUCCCGUUCGACCUCCUCCGCCUGGGGGCUGAGAUGAAGGGCGAGAAGGGGGACCGAGGGGACGCUGGACAGAAAGGCGAGAGGGGCGACCCUGGGACCGGCGGCUUCUUUGGCUCCAGCGUGCCCGGCCCUCCUGGUCCCCCCGGCCCACCGGGCUACCCCGGGAUUCCGGGUCCCAAGGGGGAUAGCAUUCGGGGCCAGCCCGGCCCCCCUGGACCGCAGGGACCCCCUGGCAUCGGCUACGAGGGGCGCCAGGGCCCUCCUGGGCCCCCGGGACCGCCCGGGCCCUCCUCAUUCCCUGGCCCUCACAGGCACACUGUCAGCAUUCCUGGCCCACCAGGCCCACCCGGUCCCCCAGGACCCCCGGGAACCCUGGGCGCCUCCUCAGGCGUGAGGGUCUGGGCCACCUACCAGACCCUGCUGGACAAGGUGCACGAGGUGCCCGAGGGCUGGCUCCUCUUCGUGGCCGAGAGGGAGGAGCUGUACGUCCGCGUCCGCAGCGGGUUCCGGAAGGUGCUGCUGGAGGCCCGGACGCCUCUCCCGCGAGGGACGGACAACGAAGUGGCUGCCCUGCAGCCCCCCGUGGUACAGCUGCAGGAGGGCAACCCCUACCCCCGUCGGGAGCACUCCUACUCCACUGUGCGGCCCUGGCGGGCAGAUGACAUCCUGGCCAACCCCCCACGCCUGCUGGACCCCAAGCCCUACCCCGGGGCCCCACACCACGGCGCCUACACACACCUCCAGCCCGCCCACCCCACGCCCUUGCCCGUGCACCUCCACCAGGACUUCCGGCCGGUGCUCCACCUGGUGGCGCUCAACAGCCCCCUGUCGGGCGGCAUGCGGGGCAUCCGCGGGGCCGACUUCCAGUGCUUCCAGCAGGCGCGGGCCGUGGGGCUGGCCGGCACCUUCCGCGCCUUCCUGUCCUCGCGCCUGCAGGACCUGUACAGCAUUGUGCGCCGUGCCGACCGCGGGGCGCUGCCCGUGGUCAACCUCAAGGACGAGGAGCUGUCCCCCAGCUGGGAGGCCCUGUUCUCAGGCACCCAGGGCCAGCUGAGGCCGGGAGCCCGCAUCUUCUCCUUUGACGGCAGGGACAUCCUGCGGCACCCAGCCUGGCCCCAGAAGAGCGUGUGGCAUGGCUCGGACCCCAGCGGGCGCAGGCUGACCAACAGCUACUGCGAGACGUGGCGGACAGAAGCGCCGACGGCCACAGGCCAGGCCUCGUCGCUGCUGGCGGGCAGACUGCUGGAGCAGACGGCCGCGAGCUGCCACCACGCCUACGCCGUCCUCUGCAUCGAGAACAGCUUCGUGACCUCCUCCAAGUAGGGCCGAGCUGGGACGGCCGAGGCACGCACAGGUGGCCGCGGACGGCAGGCAGGCGGCAGGGGCCGCCGGUGCCCCCGGGGACCGUUCCUGUGUGCUUCACGUUUCAUGUAAUCCUCAAGAAAUAAAAGGAAGCCAAAGAGUGUAUUUUUAAAAAA